AUGAAGUUACUGGGUUGGAUGCACCGUAAGCUCAUGCAGAAUAGCACUGAGCCUGUGAAAAAUGACUCCACCGGAAACCUUCAGGCUUGCUUCUCUUCAAUCCCAAGCGUCAAACGCGAAAGAUCUCCGAAUGCAUUUGAGCCUGCCAAAUCGUAUGACGAGCCCUUUGACUUCCUCUCAAUCGGCACCUUUGGCACCGAUCUUCUUCUCGACACGGCCCCACCAACUCCGACACUGCCAACUCCAGUCGCGGCCUUGACUGGUCAACCGAUUGAUAUCACGGAAAACGACCUCGACCUCAUAAGCCACGAGCUGGAAAAAUUUCUCGAGUCUGAGGAUGCGGAGACUGCGUACAACUCGUCCGAGAGGAGCAGCAAGGCUAGUGUGAUAACCCUUACCGACCAAGGUAAUUUGCAAUUAUGUCCUCUUCAGAAAUAUCUCUUGGCUGCCCCUGUAGGGUUGGCCGAGAUGGGUCGUGAGGAGGUCAAGAAAACGAGGACUUCCCUUGAGGAGUUGUUUAAGGAGGGAAAGAAGUCGGUUGAUGAUGGUCCUCUGUUGAAGAAAGGCGAAGGAAUGGGUGGGAAAGGGAAUGUGGCUCGUCUGCUGAAGAAGUUUGUGAAGAGGUUAAGUCCCACAUCAAGUGACGGCACUGCUGGAUUUAAUGAUGAUGAUUACGACGAUGAUGCUGUUUUCAGGCCGACCAAGAAGAAAUUGUCUAAGAAAUAUCUCCUGGCUGCCCCUGUAGGGUUGGCCGAGAUGGGUCGUGAGGAGGUCAAGAAAACAAGGACUUCCCUUGAGGAGCUGUUUAAGGAGGGAAAGAAGUCGGUUGAUGAUAGUCCUCCGUUGAAGAAAGGCGAAGGGAAAGGGAAUGUGGCUCGUCUGGUGAAGAAGUUGGUGACGAGGUUAAGUCCCGCAUCGAGUGAUGGAACUGCUGGAUUUAAUGAUGAUUAUGAUGAUGAUGCUGUUAUCCUGCCGACCAAGAAGAAACUGUCUAAGAAGCUUGUUAAAAUGUUUAAUAAGAAGGUUUACCCUGAGGAGAUGGCCGAGAAGCAAAUUUUAAAAGUGACAAAGAGUAGCGAGAAGAAGAAUUACAACUGCAGUAAGGACAACCAUCCCACUGCCCAUAACAAUGAUGAUCAAUCAGCAAGUAGCAAGAGUAAAAAGAACAACUCGGGACUAUUCUGCACUGGACUUGGCCGAGACUCUUCCCCUGUAAAUGCUGGGCAUUGGGUCAAAACAGAUUCUGAUU